AUGCAAUCAGCAAUGAAGAUGCUUUGCAUUUUCCUGAUUGUUGUCUUCACUGUGUCCUGUGGUCCCGCGGCUCCUCAGAUGAAAACAAGAGAAGUUGCAGAAAGAACACAUAAGUGUUACCUGGUCCGUGGUGCAUGCAAAUCUGAAUGUACCUCAUGGGAGUAUGUCUACAAUUACUGUGACACUGAGCCCUGCUGUGUGAUACGCGAAUAUCAAAAGCCAAUAAUGGGAUUAUCAAGUGUUCCGACAUAUCCGGUUACAGUAUGA